UUGCAGUUGCUUGGGUUUCGGCACCCGUUCGCGGAAUUACUUGCCGCCAGUGAAAGAUCCAAACUUCAAAGACAAGGCUCCCAUCCUCUCGCCCACUGCCAUCUCUCUUCUCUACCCCCAUCAUCUCUCCCUUCAUCCUCUCUUCAUCCCUCAAGACAGAAAAAUGGGAAGGAGAAAAAUUGAGAUUCAACCGAUCACACACGAGCGUAAUCGUUCAGUAACUUUUUUAAAGCGUAAGAAUGGUCUCUUCAAAAAGGCCUAUGAGCUCGGCGUGCUCUGCUCUGUCGAUGUUGCCGUCGUUAUCUUUGAGGAACGCGCGGGUCAUCACUUGAAACUCUAUCAAUACUGUUCUGGCGACAUCCAUGAAAUCAUUCAGCGCCACGUUCGUUACGACGGAGAAAAGGACACCCGAACUCCCCACGAUUUCGCGAACAAUGCCAAUGCCAAACUUAAUCACGACGCCGAUGUUGACGAUGACGAGGGCGACGACGACGAUGACCCUGAUUCAGUUCCCACACGUGGAAACAAGAGGCGCCACGAGCCAAAGUUAAAGGCGGAAUAUGGCAACAACGCGAAACUUCUGAUCCCUUCUUCAGGAGGUGAUAUGGGUCUCAACGUCGAUAUGGCUGAUUAUCACCGUCCUAUGACCAUCCCUCCCCCUCCUAUGCCACUUCACCACUCUUCACAGCUUCCAUCAGCUGGUGGAGGAUCUGCACUUCCCAUUUCCACAGAACGCCAUUCGUCUUCCGGUCGGUUACUCCCUCCAAACGGUCAAAUUGGAUCUCAAAAGAAGCCCCGUUUAGCGCCCAGCGGUCAUGGAGGCAACGGCUCUAAGCUUUCGGGGGACGAGUCGUCCAUGUAUAAUGGUUAUCUCCCCUCACCGACAUCGGCUCAUUCUACUGCAUAUCGAUCGAACGGUCCAUCGUCCCACCAACUUCCGUAUAACGGAUAUAUGGGAGGAGUGUCAAACAGUCCUCCACAGUCCUUCCUACCAUCGACUUUUGACUUCCCGUCCUCGUCGUCCCGAGGCUCUAAUUUACCGCGUAAUAAUGGUUACAGCCAACGGUCAUCAUAUUCUCAACCUCAAGACCCCCAAUUACAGGGAAUGUAUCACCAGUUGAUGCGGCAGAACCACCCGCAUGGUCAACACUCCCAUUCCAGCGGUUUGCAUUCCCAGCAGUCUCCAGACUCUUUGUUAUCCACAUUUCUUGAUAAUGAUGAGCAUCGGCAGCCGCCAAGUACGGGCCCACAAUACGCCCCGCUUGAUUGGCCCUCCCAUGGACCGUCACAGCCGCCGCUGCCACCCCCCUCGCAACCUUCACAGCAAGAAUCAGGACCUCCUGGAGAUCCUAGUUGGCUUGAUUUCCUGUCGCAGAACGCAUCUCAAUCAGGCGCGCAACAGCUCCAUAUGACACUGCCCCCCGCUAAUGGGCGAGAUGGACUCUCAUGGGAACGAGAUCGUGAUGGGGAGCAUUACUCCGCCGAACGCGGUGGAGACCUUCAUCCGGAUAAGCCGUCCAAUGGAGGAACUCUGAUGUCGCCGCGUUCAUCACGCAAACGGCCGCGUGCUGAUUCUAGUGCUGCGGAUGAGAAACGCUCAUCACCGAGCGCGCGAGCUGUUUCAGGUCAGGAUAAGAUGCAUGACCCUGGGAGCAGCAGUGGAAUAGACAAGCAAGACAAGUGACCGUGUUAUGAAUGAAUUCUCGAACAGUAUAGUUUCUGUAUGCCUUAUGAUUAUCUUGGACUCUUUGAUUAUCUUGCAGAGCAAUGUUAAUGGUACUACCUUGAUGACGUAUAUGGGCUUGUCUGGACAUGCCGGGAUUAAUGCCACCUUGUUAUCGAUUUAUUCCCACGCAUGCCGGUUCGUGGC